UAGGUGAAAGAAGAGCUGCAUCGCUGCCCGGGUGCUUGGUGACGAGGCUCAGUACCAAUGAGGGAAACCUUUCUUCUGGAGCCCCGCUCAGUUUUUCCCCGUGGGUUUUUCGCUGACCAGCGACCACUCCCCUCCGUCCUCUAAAUCGCCGACCGCGACGCGAAGCAACGGGAAGCCUGCGCGAUGUUUUCAAGGUCGCUCUCCUCCUCGCUAUAAAUCCCCGACUCCGGGGCGUCGAUCUCGCCACCUCCAGCUUCGUUCUAUCGGGCUCUUGAUUCGGGUUUCUUGGGAUCGGAAGUGGAGUUUUUGUUUACCUUCAUGGAGAGUGGAAAGAUGGAUUUGGCCUGUGGUCUUCUGCAAUUGGAUGCCUUUACUAGUGGUGUUGGUUCGAGCUCUAGGACAGCGAGUUCUUGGUUUAGAUGUAGACGAAGCUGUUAUAAUUUUCUUGGAGAAACUGGGGUUUACCAUAAGUCAUGUUCUUUGAGGAGGAUGGGAAAGUGUGGAUCUGUUGGUGGUUGUGUGACAUGGAAUUCAGCUCGUGCAGGAUACUUUGGUGAUUUCUUUCAUCUCUCUCAGCAGAAGAGAUCUUUAGAUUUUAAUUUCUUCAACCCUCAAAAACUAUCAAACACAUCUGCUUUAUUCAAGUGCCAGACAAAUGAUUCUUUGGCAUGUGUUGAUGGUAACACUCAAGAUGUUGAUAAAACAGAAAGCUCUUCUGGAGAUGAGCAAAAGCAUCUACAUGACCAUCUGAGUGCAGGAUCCACAUCUGUUGAAGAGCCAAAUGGUUUGGGAGAGGAGGAAAAGGAGACCUACCAACCGGAGGAUUUGAGUGAAUUGCUACAAGAAGCUCUCAAGGAAUUGGAAGCUGCUCAACUUAACAGUACAAUGUCUGAGGAAAAGGCACAAAGGAUAUCCGAAAUGGCAAUUGCCUUAAAAGAUGAAGCAGAAAGUGCUCGGAGGGAUGUUAUGUCUGCUGUUUCUACCAUUCAGGAGAUUGUCGAUGAAGAGUAUAUUGCUAAAGAAGCUGUGCAGAAAGCCACCAUGGCUCUUUCCAUGGCUGAAGCGAGGCUGCAGCUAGCAAUCGGAGCUUUGAGUUUCAAAACAGAACAAGCAGAAUCACCUGAAACUUCUAUGAGCAAUGAGGAAGAAGCAUUUUUAUCUGCUCAGGAAGAGGCUGAGGAUUGUCGGGCAUGCUUGGCAAACUGUGAGGCAGAAUUGAGAAGAAUUCAAGCCAAGAAAGCAGCAUUGCAGAAGGAGGUGGACAGAUUGAGUGAGGUUGCUGAGAAGGCUCAGUUAGAUGUUUGGAAGGCUGAGGAGGAUGUGGCUAUCAUAAUGCAUCUGGCUGAACAGGCGGUGGCUUAUGAACUGGAGGCCACUCAGCGCGUGAAUGAUGCGGAGCUUGCACUACAGAGAGCCGAGAAGGCCAUUGUUUCUGCUGAUGCUGCAGAGCAGCAAACGUCAUCUUUCGAAGAGCAGCUAAACCAUGAAGAACCUCCUUUUGUGGAGGAGGUGAGCAAGGAUGCUGCAGGUGAUAGUACUACAGAGGGAGAUGAAAAGUUGAUUGAUGAUAACUCGUUGGCUGGUGAUAUAGCUGUUAAAAGCAUUGAAGAACUCAAAUCAUCUGAUGACAUCGAUGGUCAACGGAAUGGGAAGUUGAGUUUGGAUUCUCAGAAGGAAGCAGAGGUUGAGAUGGAAAAGUCAAAGAAUGUCUCACAGGCAAAGAAGCAGGACAUGCAACAGAAGGACCUGACCAAGGGCAGUUCUUCACCUCUAAAUGCUCCCAAAGCAUUAUUAAAUAAAUCAUCUCGUUUCUUUUCUGCAUCAUUUUUUUCUUUUAAGGGAGAAGGAAAAGAGGUCACACCUGCCUUAGUGUUCCAUAGGCUAAUUACCUCUGCAAGGAAUCAUGCACCAAAGCUGGUUGUUGGCAUACUGUUUCUUGGGAUGGGGGUUUUUUUUCUCAAUAAACGAGCAGAGAGGAAAUCUCAGAUCCUUUAUCAGCCGGAUAUAAUUACUGGUAUCGAAGAAGUAACUUCAACUGCAAAGCCUGUUGUUAGAGCAAUAAAAUGGAUUCCAAAAAGAAUAAGAAAACUUAUGGAGCUCUUACCUCAGGAAGAGAUAAAAGAAGAAGAAGCUUCCCUUUUUGACGUACUAUGGUUACUACUAGCCAGUGUUGUAUUUGUACCAAUAUUCCAGAAGAUACCUGGAGGUAGUCCUGUACUUGGAUAUCUUGCUGCUGGCAUCCUAAUUGGUCCUUAUGGGCUGUCUAUCAUCCGUCAUGUUCAUGGAACCAAGGCAAUUGCUGAGUUUGGAGUUGUAUUUUUGCUAUUCAAUAUUGGGCUCGAGCUUUCUGUGGAAAGACUCAGCUCGAUGAAGAAAUAUGUUUUUGGACUGGGCUCGGCUCAGGUGCUGGUGACUGCAGUAGCAGUUGGCUUAAUUGCUCGCUUUGUUUUUGGGCUACCAGGCCCAGCAUCUAUUAUCGUUGGUAAUGGUCUAGCUUUGUCAUCUACAGCAGUUGUCUUGCAGGUACUGCAAGAACGAGGGGAGAGCACAUCACGCCAUGGUCGUGCUACCUUUUCUGUAUUACUCUUUCAGGACUUGGCAGUCGUGGUUUUGUUGAUACUCAUACCUCUUAUUUCACCAAAUUCUUCCAAAGGAGGGGUUGGUUUCCAAGCACUAGCAGAAGCGCUUGGAGUAGCUGCUGUAAAGGCAAUAGUUGCUAUCAUUGCUAUAAUUGCUGGAGGGCGCUUGUUCCUUAGGCCAAUAUAUAAGCAAAUUGCAGAAAACCAGAAUGCGGAGAUUUUUUCUGCAAAUACCCUCCUCGUUAUUCUGGGAACUAGUCUUCUUACAGCACGAGCUGGACUCUCUAUGGCUCUGGGAGCAUUCUUGGCUGGUCUCCUGUUAGCAGAGACAGAAUUUUCCUUACAGGUUGAGUCAGAUAUCGCCCCCUAUCGUGGCCUCUUGCUAGGUCUCUUUUUCAUGACAGUUGGAAUGUCUAUCGAUGCAAAACUACUAAUUUCAAAUUUCUUGGUCAUUUUUGGGACAUUAAGUCUCUUGAUUGCUGGAAAGGCUAUACUGGUUGUCUUAGUUGGCAGAGUAUUUGGCAUUUCAAGUAUAGCUGCAAUAAGAGUUGGUCUUCUGCUUGCACCUGGUGGAGAAUUUGCCUUUGUUGCUUUUGGGGAAGCUGUAAAUCAGGGUAUACUAUCUUCUCAACUUUCAUCUUUGUUGUUCCUGGUUGUUGGUAUCUCAAUGGCUCUUACGCCAUGGUUAGCAGCUGGAGGUCAGUUUCUUGCAUCUAGAUUCGAGCAGAAUGAUGUCAGAAGUUUGUUGCCAGUAGAAAGUGAGACUGACGACCUGCAAGACCAUAUUAUCAUAUGUGGAUUUGGACGUGCUGGGCAGAUCAUAGCACAACUUCUUUCAGAGAGAUUAAUUCCAUUUGUUGCUCUCGAUGUUAGAAGUGACCGGGUGGCUGUUGGACGCGCACUUGAUCUUCCCGUUUAUUUUGGGGAUGCAGGGAGCCGGGAGAUUCUUCAUAAAGUUGGGGCUGAGAGAGCUUGUGCUGCUGCUAUAACUUUAGAUACUCCUGGUGCAAAUUAUAGAACUGUUUGGGCACUGAGCAAGUAUUUUCCAAAUGUAAAGACAUUCGUGUGGGCCCAUGACGUUGAUCAUGGCAUUAAUUUGGAGAAGGCAGGUGCGACUGCGGUUGUCCCAGAGACCUUGGAACCAAGUCUCCAGUUAGCAGCUGCUGUCCUUGCACAGACCAAGUUGCCCAUGGCAGAUAUUGCAGCAACAAUCAAUGAGUUCCGAACCCGCCAUCUCUCUGAGCUUACAGAGUUAUGUGAGACAAGUGGAAGCUCGCUUGGUUAUGGAUUUUCACAGGUUAUGUCCAAAGACUCCAAACCAAAGCCUCAGACUUCUGAUCCUGAUGAGAAUGAAGUUGUUGAAGGAACAUUGGCGAUCUAACACUGGAACUGGGUGAUAACAAAAUUUUUGAAAUCUGUACAGCUGAUAAUUCAUUUCAAAAGCUAAAAUUGUAUAGAAAAAAUGGGGAAAGUUGUAAGUGCCUUCCAUUAAUGAAAAAAAAAAUUGUGCUAGUUUUCUAAUGAUUGCUAUAAUUUAGUGUAACAUUGAGCUUGUACUUCA